GUCUGCGGAAAGUAAAAUAUUGCUUCAUAGUGAAAGCACAGCUCAUAGGCUGAGAUUAACGAGGAAGUGAUGCUUACGAUAAUGUGUGUGUGUGGUAUAACGGCUGUCACGCAACUUUUGGGAUUGCUCACUGACUUGACCUAACGGUUCGACUUUCUUGGAUUAGUGAUUGUAGAAAACGGGCAUACAUGGGCCGACUGGGACCAAAAGUGUCCCUGUGAGAUCGUGCAGAAACACCGCGAGGGGGGGAUCCUUAAUCGUCUCCAGGACUGGACUCGUUGAGGAACAGACUUUGAAAGCUCAAGAAAAAAAGGACCAGCCUCAGGUUUCGGCUACAAGAGGCAGAAAAGUGAUUCGUCUUAAAACUAAUACACGGAGUAAUUGAGACAGUUUUUAAAAAAUAAGUUCGGAUAUGCAAACCACUACUGAAUCGUCCUUUAAUAACUCAGUGAUAGGGGUAUUCUCAGAAGAUGCGAACAGCGUCCAGAAUCAUAAAGCUAUUUCAAAGUACGAAGACUUUGGUUUUAAACUAGCAGUGAUUGCUUCCAUUGUCAGCACAGCCGUAAUUUUAUUGAUGACCGUGGCUUUUUUAACCAAUUGUCUUAUCAAAUGUGUGAAGAAGAGUGAGAGAAGGAAACAACAGAGACAAUUGCAAACCUGGUACCAGAUUGAAUGUGAUGUAAUGGAAGGGUCAACAGACUUUUUCCAUGGACACAAAGGCAGAAACAAUAACAACAAUAAACUCUGGGCUAGUACAUUAACAACAGAAUUAGGAGUGGAUGGUUUGGAGAAUAUCGGAUUUUCCAGGUGCCAAGAGAAGAUCACAAAUGACUUUGAAAUCACAGCAGAUUGCAGGGAAAAUGGACCCCAGAAAUCUUUUCAACCAUUGAAUCCACAGGUUUCUAGAAAAUACGAAUUCACUGAGUCAGUGAUUUUAUUGGAUCCACUUACUGACAGGCACAUUGUUGAAACUGACAAAUCUCAACAUAAAUCUGCUCACUAUAUUCCGAGAUAUCAUCCUUGACACAGGAAUCGCUGAAUAUCUGUCAAUAUAAUGGUAACUGAGCAGACAUGGGUACAGAACAUAAAUACUUGGAAGUGACAUGUGCCUUAUGACUAUGAUUAACAUAUCAGCAGACUUGAUUUUAUUUAAAUUUUAUUGAGGAAAUGUUUACGUUCAAAGAAAAUAAUGUUCACCAAUGACAAUCAGCCAUUUCAAGGAACUCACAUAUCUGUUUGAAGAUCAUGAAUAAACAUUGGCUCUGGAUUGGUAUGAAUAAUUAAAUUCUGAACUUCUGUAGUGCAGCUCUUGAAGCAUGGCAAUUAUUAUUUACUCCUCUGUAACUCACACACAAUAAUUGU